CUAAUCCAUCGCCAAUUUACUAAAACACUUGUUGAGAUAAUUGACUUUGUGUCUCAUCAGUGAAAUCAAUCAAUUGCGUUCAGUAUCUUACUGCCAUCUCAGCCAUGAACUUGAUUAGCUUGUUGUGCUUUCUCCUACUGAUUAUCCAUGGAGCAUUACCUCUCAGCUGCAAUCAUUGCAAUGACGCUUCCGGGUGGGACUCGUGCGCUCAGAAGACGCACGUGGCGCAGUGCGAUUAUAUUCUAACCGGCGACCUGCAUCGAGACUUGGCAAACCUAAAUCCUACACUGCCGGUAAUCCCGCCGGCUCUCGGACUCACCUGGCAGUGCUAUGAGCUGGCAGUCCAGUUCACGAUCAGCCAAGGAUCCUCGAGCCGAAUGUACGAACGGGGUUGUACCUAUGCGGAGGCCGAUUUCUGCAAUGGAUGGGAUCCGGUAGCUCUGCAGCCACCGGUCAAUUGCAGUGUGACCUUCUCCGGUGUUACGGAUGUUAAUGAUGGAGGAAUUGACUCUGGGAGUGGAACUGAGGGGGUGGCAAAUGGUGGCAUCGUGAGAAUCGGACCAGCCAUUUGCGGAUGGGUUUUGAUGUUGUUUUAUUUUAUGAUUGCUAAAAUGCAACUUUUAUGAUAAACAAAGUAAUUUUAGCUUGGUUAGCUAUUUAGAAUCAUUUUAGUAGUAGUUCAAAGAGUCACAGAGGACACAUUUCCUUUAUUCAUCGUAAAGAUCACUGAUAAUUUUUGUCAGGUAUAAUUUGAAUAUAAGUAUUGCUUAAUGCUGAUCAAGUUUUAAAUAAUGUGCACAAGGUGUCUUGCCAAAGUAGAAAUGAAUAUGCCAACGUUUCGACACAACUUAUACGACUGCAAAUAAUAACAUGAAAAAUAAAACGCAAUAAAAGUAUGGUUUCGUGUAAAAUUUGCAAAUGUCUUCAUUUGAGAAACAAAUAG